CCCGCAAGCCGGAUAGAGUACCGGCCGCCCCCCGCCGAGAGACACAGGCGGACGGUGCUGAGUGGUGGCGCUGGUGCCGGCCCACGGCGGCCGGCGCGACGAGACCGACGAGACCGCGACGGCCGGCGCGCGCGCCAUGGAGACGGACGUUCGCGAGUUCGUCUGCAGUGUCAGCCAGUUUCUGACGCUGUUGCUGACGAGCCCGGGAGAUGGCGGCAGCGUCGGCGGCCUGGACACCAGCCGACGGCUGCAGCUGGAGCGUCUGCGCCGGCAGCUGUGGCAGCUGCUGCAGCGGUACCCGAGUCUGCGGCCGCCGCCCGAGCAGACCGAGAACCUGUACGACGAUACGGGCGACGACUCGCAGUCCGAGCGGGCGUACACGUACGACGACACGGGCGACAUCUCACCGCUCGGCCAGGACGCGUACGUAGACGCGGACGGCGCCGCAUCGCCGACACAAGAGGACCUCUACGAAGACACGGAUGAGCUGUACCACGAUGCGGGAGACAUCAGCCAGCCACCAUCGGUUGGGGGGCAGCACGGGAUCACUCUCGGUUUGAAAGGUGCCAUCAUCGAGGACAGUGCGUACGCGGACACCGCUGAGGUGGACGCGCCGACGCAGGAAGAGCUGUAUGCUGACGUGGCCGCCCCUGUCGGCGAGACGGACGACUCAGGGGAUGCGUUCUCUCCGCCUGGGAAUGACAAAGUCACGCCCGGCGGAGAAGCGCGCCGGAGAGCGGAGUCCUACCUCCCCAGGUUCAGGAAGCCGUGGGGGCGGAUGGGAGAUUACCUGGUCUCAGCAGGACAGGCACGGUGGCAGCCGGGAGCGGCGCCGGCCACCGCCGCUGACCCGGAGGUGGCGUCCAUCUCCUCCGAGGACUCGGUAGGCGCGGAGCCGAUCUCGGCGGUGCAGGCGCAUGCGGCGGCGCGCCGCUGGGGCCCGCUGGAAAUGCGUCAGAACUCCAAGCUGUGGCCGUACCGGCGCUUCUGGGCCGGCCUGAUCGGGCCGCGGCUCUACUUGUUCGUCCGCGACUCGGACUCCAUGCAAAAGCUGUCGGUGAACCUGGCCGACUACGAGGUGCGCGAUCCGCCGCCGGCCGCCGACGUCAAGGAGAAGCACCGGCCCGUCUGCUUCGAGUUGGUGCGACCCGGCGGCCGCACCCACCAGAUGCUGGCGCUCACACCCAAGGACGCCCGCCAGUGGAAGGGGGCGCUGGAGAAAGCGGCGUCGGAGGUCGCGCCAGGCGGCACUGGCGGGCCUCGAGAAGCCGGCCACGCGCUGCCCGGACUGCAGCCCGCUGCUGCCGCCGCCAGCGCUGCCGCCGCUGCUGCCGCCAGCGCUGCCGCCGCCACUGCCGCGGCCACCUCCACCUCCGCCACCGCUAGCAGCGUGCCAGCGGCCACCGCGUCCACGUCAGUCGAGGAGGACGCACUGAAUAACGAGGCCGACGAUAUCUACGCUGACGUGGACCUGGCGGAAGGGCUGCCGAGCCCGGAACCGCGCCUCGUCGAGGAGGAUAUUUACGAAUCGAUUGACGCGCUGCAGGUGCCUACCACGCCGCCGCAGUCCACCCAGCCACCUGCCUUACCGCUGCGGACACUUGCGUUGGCCCGUCCUCAGGUACCCGUCCAGUCUCAGCCUUUACCGCCGCCGCCGCCGCCGCCGCCGCCGCCGCCGCCUCCUCUCCCCGAGCGGGCGCCCAUCCAGCCACCGACCGGGAAACCACCACCGCCGCCUGAACUGGCGUCCAAUCAGCCACCGUCGACACAACCGCCGCCGCCGCCUCGACGGGCAGGCGGUCGCCCGCUGCCGACGCCUCCGGAGCCAGCGCCGGCACCGCCGCCGCAGCCGACAGCCGGGCUGCGCUCCCUGCCCACGCCGCCGGAGGUCCGGCCGUCGCCGCCGCCGGCUCCGCCUCAGCGGGCCCCGGCGCCGCCGGUAGCCGUCGACGACAUCUACGACGAGCUUGAGGCGCUGGCGCCACCGUCCGACCCGUUCUACAACGUGCUGGAGUCGGGUGUGGAGUACGAUCAGCCGCGGCGCCUCAGCCCCGUGCCAAUGAAGCGGCAGGGCUGCGACGAGCCGGCCGACGAGGGCUACGGCAACUCGUCGGGCGGCUCGGAACCGGACUGCCGCGACGGCCGGGCAGACGGCCACUACGCGGUGCCGCCGCGUCAACAGAGGCCGGUGCCGGCGGCCGCUUCCGAGCCGGAUGCCUCGCCCGCCACGGCCCGGCCGCCCAGCGGCGGCGGGGCGGAGCCGGCCCAGAGCCCCCGCACGGAGGUGCCGCCAGCCCGGCCCGCCGGCGGCUCGACGGCGGACGCGGUGGGGCCGAGCCCGGCCGGCGGCAACGUGCGGGACGUGAUCCGCCGGCUGAACCGGCAGUCGGCGGGCGACGCCGAGCCGGCCGACAUCAUCCCGUACCAGAUCAGCGUCAGCUCGGAGAUGGCGCGGAAGCAGGCGACUAUCGCCGGCGCCGUGCGGCUGCUGGCGCCCGGGCCGCCCACCCGCCCAGGGAAGCCCACCGUGCUGCCGCCCAAGCCGCGCCAGGCGGCGCCGCGCGGCCGGGCGCGGGAAGAGGCGACCAGCCGUGGCGCGAGCACACCGCCCGACCGCGGCCGCGCGGCGGAAGAGCGCCAGGCACUGCUGGGUCCGGGCCGGCUGAGUAGCGGCAUCGCGCCCAACAAGUCGGGCGUCUACAAUGCCAUGCGUCACAGUCAGAAGCGCGCCUCUACCGAGGCGCUCAUACAGAGCGGGGAGCAGGAAGACGAUCUUUACGCCGAGGUCGACGAACUCUUCGACGACACUUGACCUGGACCUGAGGCUGAGCUGAGACCUGAGGAGACCUAGAGGACCUGAGCGCCGGCCCGGCCUGCCGACCAUGAACUCUGAGCUUUAUCGCGCGCCGCGGCGACCGACACGCCUCCGGCGCCACCGCCUGUUCGCCUCGUGAUGCCGCAUCCAAAGACGGAACCUGCCCGCCCGCCCGCGAACACAGCUGGCACGCGUCUCCUUCAUAUAUUCAUAUAUUAUAUUCUCGGAAAUAAACACGCUACUGAGUUAAAUCGUCACCUACUUUUUACAAUGGCAAAGGACCGAAGGCGUGGCGCGACGCGCACAAUCGCGGCCGCCGUGCGAGCGGAGAGCAGCCCGGCCGGCCGCCGGUCCGCCCGGCGGCGCCUUUGUACGGCGCCGCGCGUGCGCCUCACAGAACUGACCUGAGAUUUGACAGACCGUUAGCUGCUGGCCGAGCGUCAGCCGGCACGCGCCGCCGCCAAGGCCCAGAACAGCGCGCGCACGCGCGCAUAUAUUGUCAGCUCUACAUAAAGCCGUUUGUAAACGAUGAAUGUAAAAAAGUUUAGGCAACAUGAUUGUGAAUACACUUGUGGCACGAUGCGGCUAGUACAGAGGCUCGUCACCUGACCGCGCGCAUGAUCAUUUCCGUAAGGCAACAGACACAGCUCCGCUACCGAAUCUCAUUAUUGCGUUCGUCUACGUGAGCAUUGCAUUUUGAUUUAGACCUCGACGCCGAACUCCCGAUCGACCACGUAGGUGAAGCGCUGCUGCGGCCGGCCGGCCGGGCUGGCUUCGCACGCGGCC